CAUUCGGCAAAGUUGUCGGUGGGGCAGUGCUAAGGCAUGUGCCCUGUCAGCUGAUGCCGCGAGCCGUUCGCGAUGCAACUAGCCCCAAACUCAGCCCGCUCUUGCGCCAAUCGUGAGUCUUGUUGUUUUGUCCCUUUCUCUUUAGUUUGUUGACCUGUUCGAUGCGCGUUGCCCCUCAAUGGUUAACACGCCUAAACGUUCCAAAUACCUGCUCGCCUCCCACCACUAAACUGUUGCGUACCACAAUUUUGCGCCCGGGAGUGCCAUGGUUUUACGGCCUGCGUCGCUCUCCCCCGACCAGGUCAAAAAUGGCGUCCGGCAGUCUCCCGCUUUCGUCGCCCGCUCACGUUCGAACGGCGCGCGAUGAGUCGAUCGUGGUCAUUUCAUCCUCGCCUGAGUUUCCCUCGAUUUACGAUCUUCUCGCAAAACCGGCUGAAAAGAGCGCGCUGCGCAGUGGAAGCAAUGCCGCGCCAAUCCCUGUGGACGCAAUACGGACCUUCACUGCUGCCGAGCUCUUCCGAUUUUCGCGGGUGGAGGGAGAGAGUCUCCCCGAUGUCCAUAACACGGUGAAUCGUCGCUCUACGAGUUCAGUCCGGCCAACUGCCAAGGUUGUGAUUGAGCUGUCUCCGACGGUUGCGACCGCAACAACACCGAGUGGGGCGAACCCGAAAAGGCGGCAGGAAGUAACGACAAGAGGGAAAAGGAAGGACGAAUCCAGCUUGGAGACUAAAAGGCCUGCUCUCGUCUUUGGAAGCGCGCCUACAAACGCAUCUGUUGUGCCCGGGAAGGCACCUGGGAAGAAAUCAAGACCAAGCAAGACAAUCGCUAGUGGACAGACUGUGCUACCAAAAGGCAAAGUCACGAAGCCCGCAGCGAGCGAGAAGGCGCCGAGAAAGAGGAGUGAGAGAGUCAGCAAGCAUUUCAACCCUCAGCCUCCUCCAACAAAGUCUACCCCGAAGUCUGGCAUUGAGGACGAACCUUUGGCCCUGGAGCCGGCUAUGAGAAGACGAACGGACUGGACACCUCCACCUAGCGCAACACCUACGUAUAUUCCCUCUUCGCCGACCAACGAGCUUUAUUCCCCGGCCGCGCCAGGCAUUCACGCCGACAAAACUUCCCAGUUAGGCAACUUCAAGAAUCUUCAUGACACGUAUGGCCGCAAGGAAGAGCGGCAGCUUGGCGAGACGGCGGGCGCCCCGGUGACCAACGACGUUCUGGGGAAAAGGAAGUUGGUCGAGAUGGUAUCCUCCACAACAGAUAAGUCCAGGACGCUGCAGCCAUUGCCGACAAGACCAAAGGCGCCCAAGAAGAAGCCGCGCACAAUUACAGACCUGGCGACUGCUGCCUACAGAGUGGUUGAGGAGAGCGACAGGCCCCCAUCUGCAGAAAAAUCGAAGUCAAGUUCGCUUCUUGGGAAUAUUGGCGCCGGCAGUGCGAAGACGGCUGUCGCAAAUAGGCAGCCAGGCAAAAACACGAAGUUGUCAAAGAAGCCAGCAAACCCCAAGGUGUCGAAGAAAAAGGCCGGGCUAGUGACGCAAGUUCUGCUUUCGCCGAAAAGCGCCCUCAGCCAGGUUGCUAAACAAGACUUUGUCUUUGGAACUGCGAGUCAGCUGACGACGGAGGAGGACCCCGAACUGCUCCGCGCCCUGCACGAGGCCAUGAAGGCAUCAAACCAACCCGACGGCGAUCCGUUUGCACGUAGCCUGAGUCCUGUGCGCAGUAACGUCGCGGCCCCCAAGAAAGCGAGGAACAAGCUCUGGGAAGCGGGAGCUCGGGGCGAGGACGGAAGCCUCGUCGAUAUGGAGUUCUUUGACCUGACCGACUCCCCAGCGCUUCCCAGAGGCCGCACGUUUGAAGCCAAGUCUCCGAAGUCUCCUAGAAAAUCACCUAGCAGCCGGGCUGGGACGACGCAGAAGGCGCAGAGGACGCAAAAGAAGCAAUCCCCUAAGCCUCACGCCCGUCGUCCAUCCUCUGGCUCGGCUGCAGUAGAUCUCACCGUGUCCCCGCCCCCAAUGUCACACUUUUUCUACACGCAAGACAGCUCCAGGGAUCUGUGGAAUAUAGCCAGUGAACCACUCCCCGAGAAGCCUUUUGGUGGAAUUGAACCAAUUUCCAUUGUCGAUCUUGACUUUGAUCCACCGCCAAGCAAUCAGGAACACAAUCAACUUCUCGAACACUCUCAGCCGAAGAGUUCCUCGAAAGAUCAACCUGACGGGCCCACGCGCCCAAAGUUUGAGUUAUUCACGGAUGCCAAACUCGCAAAGGAAGUCGCAUCGUAUGGCUUCAAGGCAAUAAAGAAGCGGGCGGCAAUGAUUGAGCUUCUAGAUCGGUGUUGGUCGAGUAAGAACAAGACUAGCCUGGUGAGUGAGCCCGCAGAACCAGGGCUUUCGCCAACUCGACCUAGAGGACGGCCGAGGAAGGAUUCUAGCGUAGCCGCUGUGCCUGCAACUGGGCUACCUGUAGCGGAAGCGAAGCGUCGCGGGAGGCCUAGAAAAGACGCAACAGUAUCGUCAGUUGAGGCCAGCAAGCCAAAGGCAACUGCGGCCGCCGAACUUAUUCCAACAGCGCCACCGUCAGCGGCGCCAGUUUUAUCGACCCCAAAACGUCAUAAAGUGGUUGGCCCGCCUCUAGGUCUGGAGAUUGCGGAUUCUGAAUCGAAAAAGGAGGGGGAAGAUGAUCCCUUCGCAUCGUCGCCCAUGUCUUUGCCUGAUGAGCCACGAAUGUUCUCAUCUCCGCCAGACGUGGAUGUCUCGAUUGACGAGGAAGCGGAUAUGUCACUUCUCGUAGACACCCCGACUGGGCAACAAAAGUUGCUGUUCCGCUACAUCAGCAAGGCAGUGACGACGGCGCCGCGAGCCACAGACCCGGAAAACCCGUCAUGGCAUGAGAAGAUGCUCAUGUACGACCCCGUCAUUCUAGAGGAUCUCACGGCGUGGCUCAACUUGGGCCAGUUGGACCGCGUCGGGUUCGACGGCGAGGUGGCGCCAGGCGACGUCAAGCGGUGGUGCGAGAGCAAAAGUAUUUGCUGUCUCUGGAGAGUCAAUCUCCAUGGCCAGGAAAGGAAGCGUUUUUGAUCAUUCUUUUUAAGCUAUGGUGGAACUUUGGAGUCCCGAAGAUUUAAAUCUUGUUAGCGUUAGGUUAGUUCUGGGACUAGCAGUGACAGUGAGUUUAGAGUGUUGCAUUACUACAUUUGGCGUGUGUUUUCUUUGUAUAUGGAUACUGUACAAUCAUACUCACCUUCUCUUCCAGUGAAUCCGAAUCGAUGAUGUGGG